GGCGCCGCUCUUCCCCGGCCGGCCGGUGCUGCGGGCGCCCGGCGGGGCCGCUCCUUGCCGGGGACCGAGGUCCUCUCGCGGGGCGCCCACGGGUGUCGUGGGGGGGAGGGCGGCGAGAGACCCCUCCGUCGCCAGCCUUACCCCGGCCGGCGUGCCGGCACCAAGCAUGAGCGAAGGGUCCAUGAGCAAGGCAGCCACCAUGGAGAUCCCCAUCCACGGCAACGGAGACUCCAGGCGCAUGGCCGAUGACGACGGCUUGGAGCAGGACUUGCAGCAAGUGAUGGUGUCGGGGCCCAACUUGAACGAGACCAGCAUUGUCUCUGGAGGUUAUGGGGGAUCGGCCGAGGGCAUUGUCCCCACCGGUAUCAUCAAAGGCUCCCUUGUUCCAUCUCAUCCUCCCCGAGGGCCACUCAUCUCCCCCAGCCCUUCAGCUGCCAGCCGCAUAGCCAGCCCGGCUCCCAUGGCCACAGGCUCCAACUUGCACCAGCCCCACCCCAACCCAGCCAUGACGGGGGAGGAGGCGGCAGCGGCAGCUGCUGCCACGCGGGGAGUGGCCGUGGAGAAGUUUGACAUUGUCAGGAAAUGGGGCAUCAACACCUACAAAUGUACCAAGCAGCUGCUGUCGGAGCGCUUCGGACGCGGCUCACGGACUGUCGACCUGGAGCUGGAGACCCAAAUCGAGCUGCUGCGCGACACCAAACGCAAGUACGAGUCCCUACUGGGCCUGGCACGGGCCCUCACCAGCCACUUCUACAGCCUCGUCCAGACGCAGCACGCCCUGGCGGACGCCUUCUCGGACCUCAGCCAGAAGUCCCCCGAGCUCCAGGUGAGCGCCCCUCUCCCUCCCUCCCUCUCCCCCGGGCAGGCUUCCUUGACCUCGACCUGGGGCCUUUGAGAAGGCUGGCUCGCCCCGGCUACCGUGGCUCCGCCCCCUGACCCUCCGCCAACCCCCCUCCCUCCCUGGCGCAGACUGGAGUACGAUGCUUACCGCACAGACCUGGAGGAGCUCAGCCUGGGGCCCCGGGAUGCCGGCACCCUCUGCCGCCUGGAUGCCGCCCAGGCCAACUUCCAGGCCCACCGCGCCAAGUAUGAGAAGCUGCGGGCGGACGUGGCUGUCAAGCUGAAGUUCCUGGAAGAGAACAAGGUGAAGGUGAUGCACAAGCAGCUCCUGCUCUUCCACAACGCCAUCUCGGCUUACUUCGCUGGGAACCAGCAGCAGCUGGAGCAGACCUUGAAGCAGUUCAACAUCAAGCUGAAGAGCCCCGGGGCCGACAAGCCCUCCUGGCUGGAGGAGCAGUGAGCAGCCCCCCACCCCCCGCCGUGCUCCUCCCGCCCUUCACGGACUCGGGUGGGGGGGGAGGGAGGGCCCUGCCAUGGGUCCCCCUCUCUCGUGCCCUUUGGGGGGGGCUGGGUUAAGCCCCUUCCCAUUUCGGGGGGGGGGGGGGGGGGGCGGGAGCAGCGGGGCCCCCCCCCACCUCUCCACAAUGCCAGGAAGCAACAAGCACUUUCUUACUCUGAGGGUGGGGAGGAGGGAGCCCCUGCCUGCCCCCAAUCAAGGGUCUCCGCUGGGGGGUCCGGUCCCAGCCACUCUCCAUCUCCUGGCUGGCCAUCCCCGGCCUUGGGCCUCAACCCAACGGCCUUGUUCUCCCUGGGGCCUGCCCCCCCCCUUCAAGGAAGGCAGCUAUGGGUUGGUGGCGUUGGACCUACGAGGGGGGGCUGCUCUGGGGGUGAAGAGCCCAAGACGAGAUGGGCCCCCUCUUUUGGGGGCCAGGGACCAAACACUUCCUGGCUCAGCCUCUGGGGAGGGUGUGUGCGUGUGUGUGCGUGUGUGGUAUGUGCAUUCAUCAUGGCCAGUGUCCCAUAUUGUGUUCCCGGUGGGGGCUGCGGGCAGGAAAUUCCGGCCUUCCACCCAGCCGGCCCCGACUGACACUCCGCCAGACCUCUGUAAAGAUUCCCCAAUAAACGGUACCAAAUGGC